AUGUUGGACACCGUCAUACGGUCAAUACGCUACCUGUCGCCGCGCAACGACGACAGCGACGUCGAUCGACUGCACUACUGUCUGACGUCGAACGUGCUGAUCGCUCUGUCGUUGCUGAUCAGCUACAAACAGUUCGGAGGCAGACCCAUCGAGUGCAUGGUGCCCAAGAUGUUUCCCAGCUCCUGGGAGGAGGUAAGACGCUAUGAUGUCUAUGAAACAACCGUCAGCUGGACCACUGACCGCUUCAGUGACACGCCAAAGUGUCAGUUGCUGCGCUGCAUGUGA